ACGUCUUUAAAAGCAUCACUCCACCCACCUCCAUCUUAUCAACCACUCCAAUCGCUCUUCAUCAAAUACCAGCGCACAGUAAUGACAUCCACGGCUGAUCGCGAGACUUUACCAUCUGAUGUCAUCCCUGUCCACUAUGACCUGGACUUGAUUAAACUUGACCUUAGUGCCUUCACGUACGAUGGCCAGGUCAGUAUUUCACUCGAGUUCAAACAACAAGCUAGUUCUAUUUUCCUCAACUGCAAGGAAUUACUACUCCAUGGAGGGCGUCUUAUUGUCGAUGGCUCAGACAGUGAUAUCAACAUCUCCAAGAUCGAAUGUGACAAGAAGGCCGAAGUAGCGAAGCUUUCUCUUGAGAGACCAACCCCGGGAAGCGGAAUGGGCGUUCUAGAAAUAAAUUUCUCAGGGUCUAUUAACCAUGAGAUGGCCGGCUUCUAUCGAAGUGCAUACAAAAAUGUCGAAGGAAAAGACGACUGGAUGUUUUCCACUCAAUUUGAGUCUUGUGAUGCUCGGAGAGCUUUCCCUUGCUUCGAUGAACCAAACCUUAAAGCUACCUAUGAUUUCUCCAUCACAGUUCCAGAAAACUUCACUGCUCUAUCAAACCAGCCCGUGAAGGAAUCAAUAUCUCUGGGCGAUGGUCUCAAGAAAGUUUCCUUUGAGCGAGUCCCGAAAAUGAGUACAUAUCUACUUGCCUGGGCUUGUGGGGAGUUCGAAUAUGUGGAGGACUUCACCGACCACGAAUACGAGGGAAGGGGAAAGCUUCCAGUGAGAGUUUACACCACCAAGGGUCUGAAAGAACAGGGCCAUUUCGCCCUCCACAAUGCGAAGAAGAUUGUCGAUUACUUUUCGGAGAUCUUCCAUAUCGAUUAUCCACUCCCCAAAGUCGAUCUUUUGGCAGUCCACGAAUUUUCUCACGGCGCUAUGGAGAAUUGGGGUCUUAUCACUUACCGAACCACCGCCGUCCUGUUUGACGAGAAAACAUCUGACUCCCGUUAUAAAAACCGAGUUGCGUACGUUGUUGCACACGAACUCGCGCACCAGUGGUUCGGAAACCUAGUUACCAUGGACUGGUGGUCAGAACUAUGGCUGAACGAAGGAUUUGCCACCUGGGUUGGUUGGUACGCUAUUGAUCACUUCUAUCCCGAAUGGGACGUUUGGGGCCAAUUCGUUACUCAAGAAUCCUUGCAAACAGCCUUCGCCCUUGACGGUCUUCGUGGAUCCCAUCCUAUUGAGGUGCCCGUGAAGAAUGCUCUCGAUAUUGACCAGAUCUUUGACCAUAUCAGUUACCUCAAGGGAUCCGGCACUAUCCGUAUGCUCAGCAGCCACCUUGGCGUUGAGACCUUCUUAUUGGGUGUUUCCAAAUAUCUAAAAAGGCACGCCUAUGGAAAUGCCACAACUGUAGAUUUGUGGGCUGCCCUUAGUGAAGAGGCAAAGACAGACGUUGCUGCUUUUAUGAGCAACUGGAUUAAAUCAAUUGGUUUCCCUGUCCUCACAGUCACAGAAAAGCUUGGCCACAUCAUUGUCGAACAAAAGAGAUUCCUAAGCACUGGGGAUGUGAAGCCUGAGGAAGACCAGACAACUUGGUGGGUGCCGCUAUUCUUGUCCGAGAAGUCCUUCACCACAGGAUCAGAGAAUACUACGGCUCUCAUGUCCAAAGAAGCGACAAUCAAAGGAAUUGAUACCAAUUGUUACAAGUUCAACAACAACCAGAACGGGUUCUACAGGGUAAAUUACCCAGCAGAGCGACUUGUGAAGUUAGGGGAGAUGAGAAAGCAGCUCAGUGUAGCAGACAGAAUUGGACUAAUCGCUGAUGCUGCUGCAAUGGCACUUUCUGGUCUUGGUUCCACUACAGGCCUGCUAUCAUUUUUGGCCGCGCUCAAGGACGAGGAGAGUUACCUUGUCUGGGCAGAGCUUAUUGAGCAGCUUGGGAGGUUGAGAUCGGUUUUCUCUGAGAGCUCACAGGAUAUUAGGGACGGGUUGAAGAGAUUCACCCUCGACCUCGUCACACCUGCAGUUGAAAAGAUUGGUUGGGAAUAUGGAGAGGACGAGGAUUUCUUGACUGGGAGACUCCGUGCUCUUCUCAUCAGCACUGCUGGGGGCUCUGGGCAUAAAGGGGUAAUCGCGGAGGCCCAGCGCCGCUUCGAGCUUUUCACCUCGGGCAAAGACAAGUCUACUAUUCACCCCAACCUUCGCCUCGCCGUCUUCCGCAUUGCUAUAGCCGAGGGCGGUCAAGAGGAAUACGAUGCCAUUUUGAAUGAAUACCUCUCUACUUCUGCGAUCGACGGCAAGGAGAUCUGUCUCUCUGCCCUCGGCCGAGUCCGAAAGCCCGAGUUGAUCCAACGAUUCCUUGAAUUGAUGUUGUCUGAUAAGGUCAAGACACAGGAUAAGCAUACUCCUGCCAUUUCCCUAUCGAACAAUAUUCACGCACGCCAUGCCCUAUGGGAAUUCAUAAGGAAAAACUGGGAAACAAUCUACAAGCAACUUUCGGGUAACAUGGUUGUUUUAGACCGAUUCUUGAAGAACAGCCUGAACAAGUUCGUCAGUUUAGAUGUGAAGGAGGACAUCGAGAAGUUCUUUGUUGAUAAGGAUACCCACGGAUUCGAAAAGGGAUUGGCAAUCAUUAGUGACAGCAUUAAGGGUAACGCAAACUGGGUCCAGAGAGACCAGGAGGAUGUUAGAAAAUGGGUCAAGGAGCUUGUCAAGACUUAAGGAUGUUAGUUUUUUUUCCACUGGAUUCUGUCAUCUAGGAAAGAAAAAAUAAACCUGUCUUCAUCACGAAUACUCACUCGCUGAGCCUUGCGAUAGCGAGUUUUUCAGAGUCAUUAGUUAUGAUACUAAUAAGGUGAUUAGCAUAUAUUUCCGUGUAUUCUAGGAGCGUGAACACGCGGUUAUGCAUAAUGGAUAAUAGUAUGUUGCUCUUG